AUGGCUGCGAAUGCGACGAGUUUCACGUCGCCUUUGGCCGACUUUUCGGUCGCGAGCCUACCUCCCCAGGUUGACUAUAUGGUUAAUACCAUCGCGAAUGCGAGCGUUAUGACAUGGCUGUUUACCCUCAUUGCCGUAGCUGUCGCGUACGAUCAGAUCAGCUAUUUCGUACAAAAGGGCUCUAUCGUUGGACCAGCGUUCAAGCUGCCGUUCAUGGGCCCUUUCCUAGAGUCUCUCAAUCCCAAAUUCGAAGAAUAUAAGGCGAAGUGGUACAGCGGUCCCUUGAGCUGUGUCUCUGUCUUCCACAAGUUCGUUGUUAUCGCUUCUACCCGCGACUUGUCUCGUAAAGUCUUCAACUCGCCGACAUACGUGAAGCCAUGUGUUGUUGACAUUGCCACGAAAAUCCUCGGAGAGGACAGCUGGGUGUUCUUAGAUGGAAAGGCCCACGUUGACUAUCGCAAAGGCCUGAACGGUCUCUUCACCCGACGAGCUCUCGAAUGCUACCUGCCUGGCCAAGAGGCUGUUUACAAGGAGUACUUCGCUAGAUUUCUCAGGUUAACAAAAGAGGCCGGAGGAAAGCCCAUCCCUUUUAUGCACGAGUUCCGUGAGCUUAUGUGUACCGUCUCGCUUCGAACGUUCGCCGGAUAUUACAUGCCCGACUCUGCCUGUAAGAAGAUUGCCGAUGACUAUUACUUGGUCACCGCUGCUCUCGAUCUCGUCAACUUUCCGAUCAUCAUCCCCUACACCCGAACUUGGUACGGUAAGCAAGCCGCACGUAUGGUCAUGGACGAGCUUGCCAAAUGCGCUGCUAAAUCAAAGGUUCGCAUGGCUGCUGGCGGUGAUGUUACCUGCAUCAUGGACGCUUGGAUCAAGGAUAUGAUUGCCUCCAAGAAAUGGAGAGAUGCUACCGAAAAGGGUCUCUCAACCGAGGGCAUGGUGAAGCCAUCGCCUGUAUUGCGCGAUUUCAGCGACAUGGAAAUUGCCCGAACCUUGUUUACGUUCCUCUUCGCUUCUCAAGACGCUACCUCAAGUGCAGCCACCAACAUGUUCCAAGUCCUAGCCAACCGACCCGAUGUCCUAGACCGUGUCCGCGAGGAGAACUACCGCGUGCGAAAUGGCGAUAUCCAUGCACCUGUGAACCUAGAUCAGCUCGAAUCGAUGACAUAUACCCGCGCAGUCGUCAGGGAGCUUCUCCGAUGGCGUCCUCCUGUCAUCAUGGUGCCCUACAAGGCUAAGAAGGCUUUCCCUGUUACCGAGAACUAUACCGUUCCCAAGGGUGCCAUGAUCAUCCCAACCACAUAUGUAGCUCUUCGCGAUCCUGAAGUGUACGAGAACCCUGACGAGUUCGACCCUGAGCGAUAUUACACUGGUGACGCUGAGGAGAAGGGUGCCAAGAACUAUCUUGUUUUCGGAACUGGACCUCACUACUGUCUUGGUCAGCACUAUGCCCAACUCAACUUGGCUCUCAUGAUCGGGAAGGCCUCGGUUGAGCUCGACUGGAAACAUCACGCAACGCCUGACUCAGAUGAGAUCAAGGUGUUUGCGACUAUCUUCCCCAAGGAUGAUUGCCCUCUAACAUUUGAGGAGAGGAAAUGGUAA